AUGUCCUCCCCCCUCCGUCGACGUGGGUCGCUCGCGCGAGACCCGCUGGUUGGAGUCCAGCCCCUCCUCCGACGGCUCGGCCGGCUCCCUGCCCGCCAGCUACCGCGAGGCCCUCUGCCGGUCCCCGGCGCCCUCUCUGGUUGCCUCCCCGGCCAGCUUCGGCCCCUCUCCGUCCCCCGCCGCGUCCUCAUCUCCGCCCGCACGACCCGCCAUCCGCUCCGAGAUCUGCCGCUCGGCGGACGAGCUCCCUGCCCAGCAGCCGGCCUGGCAGGUUGCUCGCGGGCGGAAGCGGCCCCGCCAACGUGCGCCCCGCCGCCUGCGGCGUGGGCUCGGCGACGGCCCUCGCCAGCGUCCCUCCUGGCUCCGCGACGGGGAGUGCCCCGGUGCUUCAGCACCGCCCACCCACGCUCCGAGUGCCGCCGUGAGAUCUACUGUGCGCGCUGCUGCUUCUUCGGCCAUAAGGCCAAGCAGUGCACUGCCAGGCUCUCCGCCUCGUCGGACAGCUCGUCCCCGCCUCCUCUGCGUCGCCGUGUUCGUUCGCCGGUUGGCGCCCUUGGCGCGCACUCCUUUGCCUCCACUCGCUCCACCCCCGACCUCCCGACGCCUGGGUCCUCUGGAUUCGCGGCCUCCACUCGCUCAGCCACUGGUUCGCCGACGCCCGUGUCUGUCGGGCUGGCAACUGAUGUGUUUCGGGCGAGCUCCAGCCCCGCCGCGCCAGUGUCCUCCAGGCCGGCGACCUCCUCGCGCUCCGUGUCUCCAACAGGCUCGGCCUUCUCGCACGCUGCUACCUCUUGA